AUGAAGCGGUAUGAAAGGCUAGGUAGCGGGAGCCUGUCCUCGAGUGGAAGUAAGAGUCUGAGAGUCUUGGAGGACCCAUAUCUAAAGGUUCAUUGGAGGGUGUGGCAUACCGAUUCUCUGGCGGAGUUCCGAAGACAGGUGCAGAGGCAUGUUCAGGCGAUGAGCGCGGUUGUCGCGACGGUGAACCUACAGAUGAAUAUCCUCAAAGACCAAAAGUCUGAGCAUCGUCUAAAGGAGGCGCAGAGACGACGCCGUGAGGUCAACACUCAGCUUAAGCAAAUCAAAGGGGUUGUGGAUAACACUGAGAGGUUAUAUCAGGGGCAGGUGCCUGUGAGCAACGACACGUUCUCCGACAAAAUCCUGCUUGCAAAAUUCCAAGGCAUGCCAUGGCUUGAUAUGAUUUCCGAAGGCCAUUUUAUGCUCGAAGACACCGUGACCGGGAAACAAAUACAGACAGGCUUGCAAUGGGAGAGCACCUUUCUCCCGGGACCCCGUGUGGCGAUGAGCAUGGUAUUCCGCCAGAGAGAGCCUAGACGGUCACUGGGGAUUGCUCUAGGUGUGGGAAUCUCACUUUCGGGGUACGAGUAA